CUCCUCCUCCUCCUCCUCCUCUUCCUCCUCCUCCUCUUCUUCAAUUCUCCCGGUGUCUCUGCUCCGCUCGCCGGCUUCCGAGAAACCCCUACUUCAGUAGCCGACCCAGCGCCUAGGCGGGUUGCCUUGGGCUGGGGGCACAUCCCGGGGAGGGGAGCGGUCCAGGCAGCUGGGCGGCCGCGGGCACCUAGUCGCUCCCGGGUGAGCCCCGACCGCAGCCGUCGCAGCCUCGGGCAGAGUUUGCGCUCCUGCUUUGCGCCGGGGGCGCCGAAGACGGGCGGGCGAUGCCCGCGGCGUGAAAGCGCCCGCGGCGGGCGCUGACCUCUGCCCUGGUCUCUCGCCCCCUCCCGCACCCACCCCCCCCCCCCGCCCCGUGCCCUUGUGACCCUGGCUUUGGCGCCGCCGACCAGGCGCCCCGCGAUGUAGCUGCCCCCGCUCCUCGGCGGGAGGCGUCCUGGCCCGCGGGCGCCCGGGGCCCGGAGCCCGGCCUGGGGGCACAGCCGAGCUCGGGCGGGGCCGGGGCCGCGGUGGCUAUGCACCGGGCCCGUUAGCGCGGGGAGCGCCAGGCAGCUGAGGCGGGGGGCAAGCCCUCCCGCGGAGGAGCCGCGCCCCCGGCCCCGCCGGUCCCGCCGCGAUGCUGUUCCACAGUCUGUCGGGCCCCGAGGUGCACGGGGUCAUCGACGAGAUGGACCGCAGGGCCAAGAGCGAGGCUCCCGCCAUCAGCUCCGCCAUCGACCGCGGCGACACGGAGACGACCAUGCCGUCCAUCAGCAGUGACCGCGCUGCGCUCUGCGCCGGCUGCGGGGGCAAGAUCUCCGACCGCUACUACCUGCUGGCGGUGGACAAACAGUGGCACAUGCGCUGCCUCAAGUGCUGCGAGUGCAAGCUCAACCUGGAGUCGGAGCUCACCUGUUUCAGCAAGGAUGGAAGCAUCUACUGCAAGGAAGACUACUACAGGCGGUUCUCUGUGCAGCGCUGCGCCCGCUGCCACCUAGGCAUCUCGGCCUCGGAGAUGGUGAUGCGAGCUCGGGACUUGGUUUAUCACCUCAACUGCUUCACGUGCACUACGUGUAACAAGAUGCUGACCACGGGAGACCACUUCGGCAUGAAGGACAGCCUGGUCUACUGCCGCUUGCACUUCGAGGCGCUGCUGCAGGGCGAGUACACCGCGCACUUCAACCACGCGGAUGUGGCAGCCGCAGCGGCGGCAGCUGCCGCGGCCAAGAGCGCGGGGUUGGGUGCAGCCGGGGCCAACCCUCUGGGUCUUCCCUACUACAAUGGCGUGGGCACGGUGCAGAAGGGGCGGCCGAGGAAGCGCAAGAGCCCCGGGCCCGGGGCGGACCUGGCGGCCUACAACGCUGCCCUGAGCUGCAACGAGAACGAUGCGGAGCACCUGGACCGCGACCAGCCGUACCCGAGCAGCCAGAAGACGAAGCGCAUGCGCACCUCCUUCAAGCACCACCAGCUUCGGACCAUGAAGUCUUACUUUGCCAUUAACCACAACCCCGACGCCAAGGACUUGAAGCAGCUCGCGCAAAAGACGGGCCUCACCAAGCGGGUCCUCCAGGUCUGGUUUCAGAACGCCCGGGCCAAGUUCAGGCGCAACCUUUUACGGCAGGAAAACACUGGCGUGGACAAGUCGACGGAGGCGGCGCUGCAGACGGGGACGCCGUCAGGACCGGCCUCGGAGCUGUCCAACGCCUCGCUCAGCCCCUCCAGCACGCCCACCACCCUCACAGACUUGACUAGCCCCACCCUGCCGACUGUGACAUCCGUCUUAACUUCUGUGCCUGGCAACCUGGAGGGCCACGAGCCUCACAGCCCCUCGCAAACGACUCUUACCAACCUUUUCUAAUGAUUCUCGGCCCCCCGCCCCUGCCCC